UCCCUGCCACCGAGGCUGGACCCCGUGGACAUGCAGUCUCCCCGGAUCCCAGGGAGGAAACGAGGACGGCCCCCGCUCCACUCGUCUCCCAUGAAGAUGGCUGUUCACAACCUCUACUCCGCGCCAGCUGGUGCUUUGCCAGGAGUGAAGAUCCCAAAGAAGAGAGGGAGAAAACCUGGGUACAAGCUGAAGUCUCGUGUGCUGAUGCCACCGCUAGCAAUCUCUCCUCCGAGGAGCACGCCGGAGCCCGACAUUAGCUCAAUCCCGCAGGACGCAGCUACGAUACCCACCACGGCCGCCCCGCAAGCUCUCACAGUCUCCGUUUACGUCAACAAGCAGGCUAACGUGGGGCCGUACCUUGACAGGAGGAAGGUGCAGCAGCUCCCCGAGCGCUUGGGGCCCGCGCGGCCCGCGGCCGUGCUGCAGCACGCCGUGCAGGCCUGCAUCGACUGCGCGCUCCAGCAGAAGGCCGUCUUCGCCCUCCUCAAGCAGGGCUACGGAGCCGAGGCGGUGUCAGUUUCAGCUUCCUUUGAGGGGAAGCAGCAUCUCCUGAGCCUGCUGGUGGUGAACAGCAUUGGGUACGUCCUGCGCUUCCUGAAGAAGCUCUGCCGCAGCCUCUUGUGCGACAACCUCUUCAGCAACCAGCCUUUCCAGCCAUACAGCACCGUGCCCGAAAGCCCGGAGGGGUAUGAGAACGGACGCAUGGAGGCAGAAACACCCAUACCUGAGGACUACGUGGCGGGCGCCGCGAGCGGGCAGCGCUGCGGCGCGGCGCCCGCCGACCCGGCCUGCAGCUGCGCGGGCCCCGCGUACGGCCCGCGGCCGAGCCCCGACGGGCGCCUUGCCGGCGGCUCCGCAUCCUCCUGCGGCCACCGGCCUGCCCAGGGCUCGUCAGGGGGAUCCUCCUCACCCGGCCUGCGGCGUCCGACCUCCAGUCCGACGAGGAACGGGAGCUGUCCUGAAGGAAACACAAGUGCCUCAAGUCCUUCACCAGAGAGACAAGACAUGGCUCGACCAUCAAGCAAGAAUCCUUUGACCUGGACUGUGGAUGACGUGGUUUGGUUCGUGAAGGAUGCGGACCCUCACGCUUUAGGUCCUCACGUGGAGCUCUUCCGGAAACACGAAAUUGAUGGCAAUGCUUUGCUGCUACUGAAAAGCGACAUGAUCAUGAAAUACCUGGGCUUGAAACUGGGUCCAGCGUUGAAACUUUGCUACCACAUUGAUAAGCUCAAGCAAGUCAAGUUCUAACAAGUUCUCAA